AUGCCCGAAAAUAUUGAACACACUCCCCUUCUCCGCCAACACUCAGACCCGCAGGUCGCCCCUGCAGUGGUGGCCGCGAUCGUCUCCACAUGGAUCGCCACUUUUCUUGCAGCAGCAGACAGCACCAUCACCUCGACCCUCUCAGCAACCAUCGCUCAUGAAUUCGAUUCUCUUGCCCUGGUAUCAUGGCUAGGCUCGGGAUAUCUCAUCGGCCUGACAGCCACACAGCCGCUUAGCGGCAAACUGAGUGACAUAUUCGGGCGACGCGUUAGUUUCUGCGUCGCGUCAACUAUGUUCACCAUCGGGAAUCUUAUAUGCGGCUCCGCACGCUCGAAGCUUGUCAUUGUUCUUGCGCGUGUCCUAACAGGUAUUGGAGGCGGUGGAUGUAUCUCUAUCGCAACGUUUAUAGCCUCCGAUAACAUCCCUCUCCACCGCCGAGGGAUCUGGCAAGGAGUUGGCGCUGUCGUGUAUACGACUGGAAUGGGCUUAGGAGCAGUGAUAGGAGGUGCAAUCAAUGAUGCAUUUGGUUGGAGAUGGGCUUUCACAGGAAUUGCUCCGAUCUCCCUUCUUGCUGCCGUGGGGGUAGCGACAUUUGUGCCGAACCACUCUGGGCAAAAACAAGGACUUGGUGAGAUGCUUCAACGAGUUGAUUUUGCCGGGUCCAUCACUUUGGUCUCCUCGCUGGUACUGUUAUUGCUUGGUCUUAACCACGAGGGGCCCAACUCCGAGAGCAUCCUACCUAUGGUUGUCAUCCCGCUUGGACUUGCAAUCCUCGGAGCCUUUCUUUUUAUCGAGUACGGCUGGGCCAAAGAGCCUAUAAUUCCAUUGUCGCUUUUCCGUAUGCGAACUGUGGUCGCAUCCUGCUUGACCGCCUGGUUCAUGUCAAUGUCAUUCUACGCACUUACCUUCUAUGUACCUCUAUACCUGCAGAUGCUGGGAUACUCCACUAGCGAAACGGGCUUUCGUCUUCUCCCGGAUUCCAUCGGUGCAGGUGUCGGAUCAUUUCUAGUCGGCUUUGUCAUUCGAGUGUCUGGGCAAUAUGGUGUCUUUAGAUAUACCAUGACGUUGCUCCUGGCUAUUGCAGCUCUGGGCUUCGCGCUGAUCUCAAGGAGCACACACUGGAUUCUGCCAGAACUCUACCUUUUCUCUAAAGGCUUCGGAAUGGGUGGCGCCCUGACGAUGCUGAUUCUUGCACUGUUGCAUGCAGUUCCACAUGGAAAACAUGCAACAGCCACUUCUGCUUUGUAUGCUUUCCGAUCAACAGGAUCAACUUUAGGGUUAUCUCUCGCAAGUGCAGUUUUCAACCGUCAGAUAAAUCGCGCUUCGGUGGAAAAGGGAACAACCUGUAUCGCGGGCGAUGAGUGCUACCUCGAUGCGCUACAUCAAGCCUUCCAAUUUGCGUUAGUCCUUGCGUGUGCGGGCUUUAUAUCUGCUCUCUUUGUUCGCAGCCACAGCACAAGUCACCAGGAGGAAGAUACUGAAGAAUUCAACUAG